AUGGCGGCAUCUGGGUAUAAAAGACGUAGCUUGGGUUCUGUCACACGGAAAAAAAGUGGAUUGAAACACGAACUGUCUGAAGAGCAAAAGCGGGAGAUCAGAGAGGCUUUUGAUUUGUUCGAUACAGAUGAAUCUGGAAGCAUUGACGUGAAAGAACUGAAAGUGGCACUGCACGCUCUUGGCUUUGAACCAAAGAAAGGAGAAAUUAGGAAAAUGGUAGCAGAGAUUGGCAAAGAUGACCGUAGCUUCAUAAAUUUUGAAGAAUUUUUGGCCAUGAUUAUGCAAAAAAUGAGCGAAAAAGAUAACAAACAAGAAAUCUUGAAAGCUUUCCAAUUAUUUGACACUGAUGGAACAGGAAAGAUUUCCUUUCAAAAUCUAAAGGCAGCUACUAGUGAACUUGGAGAAGAUAUAUCAGAUGAAGAACUUCAGGAAAUGAUAGAAGAAGGUGAUCGUGAUGGUGAUGGAGAAAUAAACCUGCAAGAAUUCUUGAGAAUCAUGAAAAAGUCCAAUUUAUAUUAA